GUGAAAUUAAGGAUAAGGAAGGCCAACUUUACAACGCGGAGCCUGAAGUAUGGCCUGAGUGACUGACCUUGUGGGACAUUACUGUAGUUGGGACAGCGCAUCUAGCCUAUCUGCAGGCUGAUAUUUAUAAUUAAUCGCUUGAGAGCUACUGCAGGGAGCCUCAGACACCCGGAAGGAAACCAUUAAGGUCAGCAUGGGGAGCAAAGUCAGCUCCAAAAUGGCAGCUCCUACCGCCCGAGUUAUCCAGGCUGUUCGGCCUCAUGCUCCUCUGAUCAAGUUUCCCAAUAGACAUGACAUCCCGAAGCCCAAUGCUCAAGAAGCGUUGAAAAUAUUAACAACUAGUCUUCCACAACAUAACGCUCCCUCAGCUGCAGCACCACCUCAGUUAGCAAGAACUCAUGUACCUUUGACCCCAAUCCCUGGCACACCCGACACCCUGGCAACCAUUAAUCUUCUCCCUGCAAGGUACAGAAGGAGACCGAUGGCGCUGGAUGAGAUGGAAUUCAUUCAGCGUGGUGGACCAGAGUGAUCUAACACAACUCAAUCACUGCAACCAAAGUCCUUAUCUGUGGAGAUCAGUAUGUGUCUUUAAUUCUGUCCUUCAGCACAAGAGAACCUAAUGCCACAUGAGACAUGAUGUAGAAUAAAAUAUUAACAUGAAUCCUGUUGAAAUGUACAUAUGUUUAUUUUAUUUUUUAGACGUUAAUCUUAAAUUGUAUUUUAAGUUCACACUAAAGGGACAUCUGCAUUGCAUUCUUUGUUGUGUUAAGAUACGGUAAAGCCAUAACAACAGCUUCUGGAUUUUUCUUAUUUUACUGUUUUAGCACUUCGGCUAUUCAUCACACUUUUCUUGUUAUAACCUGGGCUCGGUCGGCAUUUUGACAAACGUUAUCCGCACUUAACAGCUCCCAACAUUGCUCUGAUUUUCAAUUUUGUCACAUAAUCUAUUUAAUUUGCAAUGCCACCAAACCCAGAUACAAACAUGAGACUCUGGUAAUGUAGAAGAAAGUGUUUGAGGGUACUUGGUAGGUUUUUUUUUUUUUUGCCCUUCAUGCCUUCCAUUGCAAUGAAGUGACUGAUCUGUCUCUUGGAGCUAAACAAGACUGAAGGGGAUGAUGCUGGAUAUCAAGUUGCAAAAUAGUGUUGAGUUUUGUGAGAAAUGCUGGAUUUAAAUGAUUAAAAGAAUAUUGUAUUUUACUGUGGUGUUCUUAUCAUG